GGAAGUGACUCGCCGGAAGAAGCAUGGCCGCUUCCGGGACCUGGCCGGGUCCGCACGCUGACUUGUCGACACCAUGCAGUCCGAUGAUGUUAUCUGGGAUACACUAGGAAACAAGCAAUUUUGUUCCUUCAAAAUAAGAACCAAGACACAGAGCUUUUGCAGAAACGAAUACAGCCUGACUGGACUGUGUAACCGGUCGUCCUGUCCCCUGGCAAACAGUCAGUAUGCCACUAUCAAGGAAGAAAAAGGACAGUGCUACUUGUAUAUGAAGGUGAUAGAACGAGCAGCUUUUCCUAGGCGUCUCUGGGAACGGGUCCGGCUUCAUAAAAACUAUGAGAAAGCACUGGAGCAAAUAGAUGAAAAUCUAAUUUACUGGCCCCGUUUCAUUCGACACAAGUGUAAGCAGAGAUUCACCAAGAUCACCCAGUACCUAAUUCGAAUUCGAAAACUUACACUCAAGCGACAGAAGAAACUUGUUCCUUUGAGUAAGAAAGUGGAGCGGAGGGAAAAAAGAAGAGAGGAAAAGGCAUUAAUAGCUGCUCAGCUGGACAAUGCCAUUGAAAAGGAAUUGCUAGAGAGACUUAAACAAGAUACGUACGGCGACAUCUACAACUUCCCCAUUCAUGCCUUCGACAAGGCCCUGGAACAGCAGGAGGCAGAGAGCGACUCUUCAGAUGCUGAGGAAAAAGAUGAGGAAGAUGAUGAGGAAGACGUGGGGAAAAGAGAGUUUGUGGAAGCUGACGUGGAUGAGAGUGACAUAAGUGAUUUUGAGGACAUGGAUAAACUGGAUGCCAGCAGUGAUGAAGAUCAGGACGAGAAAUCCUCCAGUGAGGAAGAAGAAAAGGCCCUUGAUGCCAAACACAAAGGCAAGACACCCUUGAGAGGACCUUUGCGGAGAAAACGAGCCUAUGUGGAGAUAGAGUAUGAGCAGGAGACAGAGCCUGUGGCCAAGGACAAAACUACGUGAUUUCUCUUUUUAUAUCAGGACUGAACAUUCUGUACUUUAUCCUCAUCACAUACAUACCUCCAGUUUUCACUCUUUAUGCUGUAUUUAACACAAUAUUUGUGUUUUAUAUUUAUGCCACUUCUGGGAAGCAAGAAGUCUGGGAGGGAGUGGAGGAAAUCCUUAAAAUUGUAACAGAGUAUUUUUAUAGCUUUGGCAUGUGUUGAGGUGACAGCUUGAGCCCAAGAAACUUAACAGAUGAGUUUGUGGUUAUAAAUGUUUCAAAUCUGAAAUGCUACUCACAGUGGGUGCACCUCCCCCCAUCUUUAUUCAGAAGUGUCUAGACUUCAAUUUUUCCUUGUUCUUUUCCCUACUUCUAUGGGAGUAAAAGUAAAGAAGAAAAAAGAAGAUCUAAAUUAUAAUGUCCAGUAUAAAAAUACCUUUUUCGUUAAAUAAUUCCAUUUCUACAGAAAGAAAAUCAUCUUCUCUUUUAGAAAGUAGUACAAAUCUUAAGUUCCACUGUAGGGGGUGCCUUCAGAGACCUGUUGCACUUUUCUGAUACAGUUCACCACCUUGCUGUCUUCGCAGCUUUGGGGAAUUUUAGCCAGGAGACCCUGAAACGUGAAACCAAACAGGCUUUGAUUUUGUUAUUUCUUUUCCUUUUACCUUGGUUCUUCUUUAUUGGUACCAUACUCAAAGAAGGAAAGGGAUGGCACUCAGGGCCAGUUCACAGAACAGGUGUAACUGUAAGAACUGUUGGCGUGCUUGGAAACGUGCUGCUGGCUCAUGGAGAAGCAGCUUCACGCCAGCCAAGAGGAAUGAGAUUGGAUCUAGGACUUGAAAACUGCCUGAAAUAUUUAGCCAAAAUGAAGUUUAAUCUGAAUAAACUAAUAAAACAACAAUCUAUACUAUCUCUAAAUAUUUUUAGGAUAUGAAUUUCUUUUCACGCAGCUGUAUACCUCUUUAAUUGAAGACUUCUAAAAGGGGGUAAGAAAU